AUGGUGUCUCUUAUCAGGCAGGUGGUGACGGCGAUGAACGAGAUUGCGCCGCUGUGCCUUGCCGAUCAUUCCUGGGACAACGUUGGGCUACUCGUGGAGUCGCCGGAUACCAACAACUCGGGGGUCGUUCUUCUCACCGUAGACCUCACCCCCGAGGUGAUGGAGGAAUGCCGGCGACACAACGCCGAGGUGAUCGUUGCAUACCACCCACCGAUCUUCACGCCCUUUAGGCGCCUCACGUUGGCAGACCCGAAGCAAAGAAUUAUUUUGCAGACAGUGCGCUGCGGGGCAUCCAUCUACUCCCCGCACACCUCAUUGGAUGCCGCGGCGGGCGGUAUCAACGACUGGCUUGCAUCCAUCGUUGAUAGGGAUGGUGUGUGUCGCCCCAUCCAGUCUUGCGAGAGCGUGAAUAUGCAGGAUAACGGUGGUUCCAGUGGAAAUGAUAAUGGUGACGCAGCCGUGGGAAUUGGUCGUAUCGUGACACUUCACCAGCCAAAGGCAAUGACCGGGUUGGUGAAGGACAUAAAGGCUGGCUUGGGCAUUCCCACCGUCCGUGUGUCGCUCCCGCAUGGGUGGAGCAGCAGCACACCUGUGCGUUCGGUGGCUGUAUGUGCGGGGAGUGGUUCUGGUGUGUUUCGUAAGCUAAAAGAGCACGUGGACGUCUUAUUGAGUGGAGAGAUGGGGCACCAUGAGGUACUCGCCGCCAACGCCAAGGGACAGGCUGUUAUUCUUUGCGAGCACACCAACACGGAGCGGGGAUACCUGGAGAAGGAGCUGCUUCCAAGGCUGCAGCAGCGGCUUCAGAAGGAUGUGCGUAUCAUGGUGUCCGCGGAGGACAGGGAUCCGCUUGUCGUGUGGUAA